AGACAAAAUGCAGAACGACCACACCUGUCUUUUUCUCUAGGACCUGUUCAGGGUUGGUUUCUGAGCCGUUGAAUGUUGGUUUAGAGGAAGAAACAUUCAUUGGAAGGUGAAGGAGGACAGUUUUUGACUCAGACAAGAAGUGGAAAUGCAUAUAUCUUCAUCAGACGUAGAUUGGGACGGCCUCCUUGGUGACUAUGGAACUGCCGAAGUUCAGAGACUUGUUUGAUAGCCUCGUCAAUGUCCGUGCCAAGUUACUUACAUCACUCGCCACACUUGCCAAGAAGGAGGCGAUCCUGAAUGUCCAGAAGAGUGAAAGCUUUCCUUCGCUUUCAGUGGCUGAUGAUCAUCAUCAGAAAGUUUUCCAGAGAAACAGUUCGUUCAUACGAAGAGCAAAAGAGGAAAGCUGCAUCUCAGAAGCAGCAGAGCAUGGCUGCGAUGCCUCCUCCUUUAGCUCAAUAGCUUUGCCGGUUGUCGAGUUUGAAGUGUUCCUGAGCUUUAGGGGUCCAGAUACUCGAAAAGGUUUCGCCGACUGCCUCUACUGUGGCCUCUCCAAGGCAGGAAUCCGCGUUUUCCGGGACACAGAGGGGCUUCAUAUUGGGGAAAACCUGAGAGAGCUUCUGGUAGCAAUCAACAGCUCAAAGAUCUGUAUUCCGAUCCUCUCCAAAGGUUAUGCCUCCAGCAGAUGGUGCCUCCAGGAAUUAGCACAGAUGGUGGAGUGCAGCAAAUUGACCAGGGUAGAGAUUUUUCCCAUUUUCUAUGACGUCAAGCCAUCCGAAGUACAGCUUGAGAAAGGACCCUACGUGGAAGCUCUAAAGAACCACAAGGAGCAGUUUGAUCCCAAGAUUGUGCAGCAGUGGGAAGAUGCUCUCAGGGCGGUUGGAAGGAUUAAAGGAUGGGAGUUGCAGAAGGCUACUGAUGGUCAUGAAGGAAAGCUGAUAGAACUGGUAGUGCGAAAGGUCUUGGUGAGCUUGAAGGUGCAUCGUUUGAACGUAACGGACCAGUUAGUCGCGAUCGAUGAUCAUGUCACGAAAAUCCUGAGGAUGUUGAAUGUGGACUCUAGGGAUGUGAGGAUCGGGGGAAUCCACGGGAUGGGUGGAAUUGGAAAGACCACACUUGCCAAGGUUGUCUACAACCAGCUUUCAAGGCAUUUCGAGUACUGCAGCUUCCUAGCAGAUGUCCGGGAAACGUCAGAGCACAAGGGUCUUGAAUACCUGCAGAAUCAGCUUAUUUCUCAAAUCUUGAAAGAUAAGGCUCCAGACAUUGCUAACAUCGAUGAUGGGAUCAAAGUAAUCAAAGAGAGGUUAUAUGGCAAGGAGGUUCUUAUUCUUCUAGAUGAUGUCGAUAAAAAGAUGCAAUUAAAUGCACUAGUUGGAAAUGGUAGUUGGUUCGGUUCUGGGAGCAAGAUCAUUAUCACAACUAGAAAUAAAGAUAUUCUAAAUGUGCCCGAGGUGGAUUGGACUCACGAACUUAACGGGAUGGAUUUUGAACCGUCUCUUCAGCUUUUCAGUAGGCAUGCCUUCAGAAGAGAUUAUCCUCCCGAUGACUAUUUAAAGUAUUCUGAAAAGGUCGUAGAGAUAUCUGGAGGUCUACCUUUAGCACUUGAGAAUAUAGGUUCAUUUUUAUCUGGGAAAAGCAAAGAGGUAUGGGACAGCACUUUGAAGAAGUUGGAAAAAUUGCCUCAUGAGGAAGUCGAGAAGAAGUUGAGGAUAAGCUAUGACGCUUUAGAUGACUUGCAAAAGCACAUAUUUCUUGACAUAGCAUGUCUAUUCAUUGGAUAUGACCGAAGAAUCGUGGUUCACAUGUGGGAUGAUUCUCAGUUCUUUCCCGAAGAAGGAAUAGAAGUGCUGCUGCUCAUGUCUCUGAUAAAGAUUGUGGAGGACAAUAAGCUGUGGAUGCAUGACCAGAUGAGGGAUCUUGGACGGAAAAUUGUUUAUCAGGAAAACAACUUUGAACCGAGAAAGCGCAGUAGGUUGUGGAAUCAUCGCGAGUCUCUUUCCAUGCUAGACGGAAAGAAGGGAUCGGAAUUGGUUCAAGCCCUCUGUCUGAAGUUUGACAGUAGGAAUCAGUACCAUUUAACAAAUGAAGAAUUCGUCAGUCUAUCUAAUUUAAGGUUCCUCCAAAUAAAUGGCGUCCACCUAUCUGGGAACUUUGAAAAUCUCCUCUCCGAGUUAAGGUGGCUUUGCUGGCAUUAUAGCCCUCCAAGGUUUCAUCCGACUAAUUUUCACCCAAGAAAUCUCAUUGUUCUUGAUCUUUCAUGGAGCAAAAUUACUGAAGAUUGGGAGGGUUGGCACCAUGUCAAGAUGGCGAACAAUUUGAAAGUUAUGAACCUCACUGGUUGCGUCAGCUUGUUCAGGAUUCCUGACUUUUCGGGCUUUAUGGCUCUGGAAAGAUUGAUCCUUAAAGGCUGCGAAGGUCUAGUUGAAAUUAAUGCUUCACCAGAUGAUCUAAGACAUCUGAAUUCGCUAGAUAUUCAGGAUUGCUGUCGCAUCCGGAAAUUGCCUGAUAACCUGUGUUUUAUGGAAUCCCUAAGGGAACUUCUUGUUGACGGAACCUCCAUACAAGAAAUUUCCAUCCCACCCGGAUGUUUAAAGAAGCUUGAAACUCUCAGUGCACGCAACUGUAAAUCACUGGUUCAAGUGAGCAGCUCGAUUGGCUAUUUAGAGUCUCUCUCGCACCUUGCAUUGGAUAAUUCAAGGAUCACAUGUCUUCCUGACUCAACUGGAGAGCUCAUCAAACUCGAGCGGUUAUCUUUAAGGGGUUGCAGAUCAAUAAGCAAGCUUCCCUUCUCUAUCGGGCAGCUCGGAUCCUUGGUGUUUCUGGACCUCUCAGGCACCGGAUUCACAGAACUGCCCAUCUCAAUUGAAAAUAUGAAAAAUUUGAAAGUCCUGUCACUGGAGGGAAGUUGCAUAAAGCAGCUACCACCCGUUAUCGGCAUGCUGGAGAAACUAGAAGAAAUACAUGCCAGAAGUUGUAGUGACUUGGAGGGGGAAAUUCCCUGUGAAAUUGGUAAACUGUUACUCCUGAGGAUUUUGAGUUUAUCAGAUACCCGAAUUCAUGGCCUUCCGGAAACCAUUUCUCGACUCUCUCAUCUCCAGUCCCUCGACAUGGACCUUUGCAAUGAGCUUCGAGUAUUACCAGAGUUGCCAACGAGUUUGCUUUGUCUACAGGUGAGUUCUCACUCGAUGGAGGAGAUCCCAGAUCUUGUGGACCUGAAUGAUCUGAAGUACUUGUAUUUAUCAGAUAAUUCCCAUCAACGGGAAUCAUUCCAGGGCGACUCAUCUAAGCUGGUGCAUGCUCCGAGCCCCCAGUGGCUUGGGAUGUUAACAAAGCUGGAAACAUUGCAGCUCUCUCUCUCAAGAAUCACCACCCUACCGAGCGAAUUGGCCUGUCUGUCUCGGCUCAAGAAGCUCGUCCUACACUGCGUGGACCUGCAAUGCGUUCUGCAGCUUCCCCCAAAUUUGUCGACUCUAAGUAUUGGGCACUGCAAGUCCAUGAGCGUGCUGUCGGAUCUCUCUAACCAGAAGAACCUCUUGGAAUUGGAGCUCAUCCACUCGCCAAUAUCAGAAAUUCAGGGCCUCAGGUGUUUGGCAUCAUUGCAAGUUCUCGAUGUAAUGGACUGUGGAUUGCAAACGCUCCAUGGGCUAGGAAAGUUAGGAUCCCUGAGACGAUUGAUCUUGGAUGGAUGCGACAACCUUGAGCAACUUCCAAAUCUCUCGGGCUUGAAGAAGCUGAAAGAACUUAAGCUGCGGGAAUGUGAGAACCUGUUCCAAGUGGAAGGGCUCGGCGGGUUGGAAUCACUAGAGGUGCUGCAGAUUUCAGGGUGCAGAUCGUUGGAAUGGUUCGACGAUCCAGCCCAUCUGAAGCUGCUGAAAUUCCUGGAAGUCAAGGAUUGUAAUACACUACAUAAAACACUGAGCAGCUCGUUGGGAAGAUUGCCGAACUUAUCCGAACUGAAAAGGCUCAAAGUUUCAGAAUUGGAACUCCACGAGAAGAUCAAACCUUCCGGGGCCGAAGCUCGGAAGUUACCUGAGCUGCCAAGCCUCAAGACGCUGAAGUCCCUGUACGCCGAAGGUUCCGACUGAGAUGCCAUGACACUGAAAAUGUAAGAUGAACUCACCUCU